AUGGAUUCCAAUAAUCAGGUCUUAAUUGAAUCCCUGGAGAGUCAAUACAAGACUAUUAUCACCGAUGGAUGCGCUCAACACUCGANCAAUAAUCAGGUCUUAAUUGAAUCCCUGGAGAGUCAAUACAAGACUAUUAUCACCGAUGGAUGCGCUCAACACUCGACCCAAACCACAACCACUCAUAACUGGCCAUUGGAUACACAGACAACACCUGUCGGCCACCGAUCGGAGACAAUCACUACUGAAGACCAGUUAAUGACAGCCGAAGACGGUGUAAACGAAGGAGAGAUAGGGAAAGACACUGGAAGUGAUGGAUGUGUUGACAACAGAAAUGAAAAGACAAUACAUAUCAACAAUGAGAUUAAAAAGGAUAAGGAGGACACGGAUUGGUCACCACUUUCAGUGAUGAAGUACUCGACGUAUAAUAAGCCGAAGAGACAGAGAGUGCAACAGACGGCGAGGAAGUCAUUUGUCAGUACAGUCCCGAAGACAUCUAAAGUAUAUCAAUCAAAAACGAGUCAAUCAGUGAGCGCACCGUCGAAGACAUCCCUUUAUGUAUGCGAUUAUUACGGAUGUGUUAAGACAUUCAAAGCAAAGUGUCUGUUAGAAUAUCACCGAAGACUAGAACACAAUGAGAUUAGCAUUAAAUCGGAUAAUAAACUAAAAACAAUAAAAAUACGGACACUUAAGCCGUUUGCGUGUGAUUACGACAAUUGCAAUUUCCGAGCCGUCAAUCAGUCAAUACUUGACAGCCAUCGGGAGAAUCACGAGAGAACUGAUCAUCAAUUUUUUUGCGAUUACGAUGAUUGCGGCCGAACAUUUGCACACGAGAGGUCUCUUAAAAUACAUCAACACCUGAGCGGACACUUUGACGACAACGACGUUAUGGCGAUUCCGGGGCCGCCCUAUGGCUGCCAAUGGCCUGACUGUACAAAUGUUUUCACGACGUUAUGUAAUAUGAAACGACACAUGAAGAGCGUCCACACAAACGACCGGCCAUUUGAGUGUCACGACUGUCCGAAACGGUUUUUAUCGAAUAGCGAUCUUUGCAGACAUCGGCGCGAAAAGCACUCAUUGGAACCGUUUGUGCCGAAGAAGGAUUUUAAAUGCGAUUACAAUGACUGCCAGUUUGAGACCAUCGGUGUGAGUGCUUUAAAUGAUCACAAGAAACGUCACCUCAAUAUCAAAGAGUUUGUCUGCGAAGAGACGGACUGUGGGAUGAGUUUUGUUACUAAAAACGAACUCCAGAAACAUAUGCGACGACACAGCGAUGAACGGCCGCAUCGGUGCGAUUGGCCCGCAUGUGAGGCGGCGUACAAAAAGGCCGAGAGUUUGGUCGAUCACAGGCGCCGACACACCGGAGAUCUGCCGUUCGCUUGCGAUGACUGCGAGGAAAGGUUUCCCUCCAAUAGUUCACUGACAGAACAUCGCGGGAAACGACAUAACAUUAAUAGAUAUGAAUGCGAUGUCAGCGGCUGUUCGUGGGCUACAAACUCGCGGACGGAAUUUGAUGUCCACCGACGGAAGCACCAGAAUGUGCGGCCAUUUGUGUGCGAAGAGACCGAUUGCGGGAAGAGUUUUCAUAGAAAGGAUUCCUUCAUUAAACAUAUGUCUGUCCACAGCGAUGAGCGGCCGCAUCGGUGCGAUUGGCCCGGAUGUGAGUCCGCUUACAAGAGAAACACUAGUUUGGUUGAUCACCGGCGGACACAUACCGGCGAACGCGAGUACAAGUGUCCGUUUGACGGUUGCGGGAAAAGUUAUGCGACCAGAAGUAUAUUACAAAGCCAUAAAAACACUCACAAACACCCGUAUGUCUGUCAUUGGCCCGAAUGUGACCAGAGAUUUGGUGAUAAUCGCCGACUUCAGGGCCAUAUGAACGAACAUCAGGGCAUUCGUCCCCAUAAAUGCCAUUUUAGUGGAUGUGAUAAAAGCUAUUUCUCUAAACCAUCGCUUAAUCAACAUUUAAAAGCCGUUCACAAAAUGCUCACAAUUGCCGGCAAAUGA